GGAUCACUGCUGUCUACGGAGAUGUCGAGCUUGGUGUACAAUAAUAAAAAUAAGUGUCAGAGGAACAAGAAAGCAGACAAAGGCUCACUGACUAUAGCUGGACUUGUUUUUACCUGUAUAAGACUUCAGUUUCAGGAAGAUGAGAAGGGCAUCAGGUUCUGCUUGCUAUCAGGAAGAAGCCUCUAGCUAUGAAGUAUCUGUAACAAUUGUAAAAGCAAAGAACAUCCAUGGAACAGAUACUGUGAGCAACCCGGACUGCUAUGUGUAUCUGUGGCUUCCCUCAGCAUUGACUGAAAGGAAGAAAACUAGAACUAUUUGGAACAAUGAAAAUCCUGUCUGGGAUGAGACCUUUCACUUCAGAGUUCAUAGUCAAGUCAAGAACAUUUUGGAGCUGUCAUUGCAUGAUGAGGAUCUUAGUACUGGCGAUGAUCACCUCUUCACUGUAACCUAUGACCUGGGAAAUGUUCCACUUAACAAAACAUUGGUGGAAAACUUCUCUCUGAGCGCAGAAUGCUCUGAAGAGCUCCAGGUGGAAUUCAUGAUGGUGCCUAUACCAGAACCACCCAAGAAAAGUUUAACCAAUGGUGUUCUAGUGUGUCCUCCAAUGAUGGAAUUGGAAGUUCAAGUAGAAAAACAAAGUAAAGAAGUGCUUAAAAAGAAACAAGAACUGGCAUUAACAGUGAAAGGUUCUCAUGAAGAGUCACAGAGUAUUGUAUUAACUCCAUACUCUGAAACAAAUUCAAAGGACAGCUUUCUUUUUCACUAUCCAAGAGACUGGGGAACAGAACUGACAGCAAACCUCAACAGAGUGUAUUCAUCAUUGGACGUGACCUUUAGCAACGAAACUGAAAAUGACAGUCUGACUUCAACCACAGUUCCACUUACUGUAAUUUCUCCAGACCGUGAGAUUAACAUACAGUUACCAGCUAUGGAGGUCAGGCCAUUGGACAUGCAGCUUAAGAUAAAAGAAUGUCCAGAGAACCUUGAUGUGAGACUUGGAUUUAAUUUAUGUGAAAAGGAGAAGGAGUUUUUGUUGAAACGACAAAAGGUGGUAUCUGCUGCACUCAAGAAUAUUCUACAGCUAGAAAAAGAAUUGGUGGGUGAAGAGAUUCCUGUUGUGGCUGUUAUGGCAACUGGAGGAGGAGCAAGAGCCAUGUCUUCUCUUUACAGCCAUCUUGAUUGCCUGCAGAAGAUGGGUCUUUUAGACUGCAUAACUUACAUUGCAGGAGCUUCUGGAUCCACAUGGACCAUGAGCAAACUUUAUGAAGAUCCUGAUUGGUCACAUAAUGAUCUGGCAGACUCAAUAAUUAAUGCAAAGAAGCAUGUCACAAAAAAGAAGACAAAAGCAUUUUCAAUGGAGCGCCUGAAAUACUAUCGUCAAGAACUGAAUCAGUCUGCAAAGGAAGGACACAAGACCUCUUUUACAGAUCUGUGGGGGCUGAUGCUUGAAGCCAUGUUCAACAAUGGGAGGAAUGAGAGCAAACUUUCUGAUCAGAAAGCAGCUCUACAGAAUGGACAAAACCCUUUACCUAUCUACCUUGCUAUGAAUGUCAAGCAAGAUGAAAUUACUACACUAGAUUUCAAAGAGUGGUGUGAGUUCACCCCAUAUGAGGUAGGACUUUUGAAAUAUGGAGCUUCCAUUCGCACUGAAGAUUUCGGGAGUGAGUUCUUUAUGGGUCGAUUGAUGAAGAAACAAGUUGAGCCUCGUAUCUGCUACCUGCAAGGUUUGUGGGGCAAUGUCUUCUCUUUGAACCUUGUGGACACAUGGUAUCUCACCACACACAUGGAUACAUUUUGGGACAACUGGAUAAAAGACAGAAUUAAAGAUAUUGAUAAAGAUGAAAUAAGGGCAAGAAGAGAAGCGGCUCACAUGAAAACACGUCUAUACACACCACCUGGCACAUUUACUAGGGUCCUAAAAGGCUUGUUAACCAGCAGGCCUAUAGAUGGAGAGCAGCAGAACUUCCUGAGAGGGCUUCACUUACACAAGGAUUAUCACCAAAAUGAAACAUUCUGUACAUGGAAAGACACUCAUUUGGACAUCUUCCCUAACAAACUUACUCCUUUGGCUGAUAAUCUAUGCCUUGUGGAUGCUGGAUAUUUUAUUAAUGCCAGUUUCCCUCCACUGCUGAAGCCUGAAAGGAAGGUGGACAUCAUCCUCUCCUUUGAUUAUACUUUGGACACUCCUCUUAUGGCAUUGGAACAGACUUGUUCAUAUUGUACAGCUCAAGGCAUUGGAUUUCCCAACAUAUCACUUAGUGAAGAAGAUAAGAAGCAACACAAAGAGUGCUACAGUUUUAAUGACCAUGACAACCCCAAUGCACCUAUAGUGCUUCACUUCCCCCUUGUGAAUGACACAUUCACGAAAUAUAAGGAACCUGGGGUGCUGAGAUCUCCAGAAGAAAUGUCUGAAGGAAAAGCAAAUGUCAGCGGUCUUUGGUCACCAUAUUAUCUGACAAACUUCACCUACAGCGAAGAAGACUUUGACAGACUGAUGAAACUGACCCAGUAUAAUGUUAAUAAUAACAAACACAUGAUCUAUGAAGCUCUGCGUACAGCAAUAGAAAGGAGGAAAGCCAGAAAUCUCUUAAGUGAAAUGUAUCAACUUCGCAGUAACCCAGUAACCACGGUCAAUCAGGCUCAUCAAAUGUAGUCAUAAUUUGAAAGCUUUUAGGCAUCAUAGAAAAAUAAAUAUUUAAUUUAGGCUUUAUUUAAAAAUGACAUUUUUACAUACCUGGAAAUCUCAGGACUUGACCUGGAGUCUCAAGGAUUCAAAUGAACUAUCAUAGCUGGCUAUGUACCUGGUUUGUUUUGUAGAUUGUCUUACUCUAUCAAGGAUAAUUUAAUAUUAAGGCUUUUAGUCUGAAAUAUGUUGCAGUGUUCUCCACAGAAAUUUUUGCCAGCAGGGUGGCAUUAUAAACUAACCAGA